GUCACACUUCAUCCGUUUUCUCUGUCUCACUCACUCCUGCUUCCUCUUUCACUCCCUUUCUCUCUCCCUUGACUGCUAUCCUGGCGCUUCUCUCCAAAAGGAGCAAGCAAGCUAGCUGUGCUCUUUAGUGUUGGUGUCCACACUGGUCUCCUUUAGCCCGCUCUGAGGUGAACAAGAAAUAAACCACAUCAAAGACGAGGUGAUUGGGUGGUGAUACCAAAGGCGGAAGCUAGUCAAAAUGCUUCAGGACAUUGGUGCUAGAGCCAUGGGGGUUUAUGAGUAUCUCUUGAAGGGAACAGACCCGCGACUAUGGAGUUACCCACUCAUGGGGAGUCCGGUGAACAUGUCGGCCAUCUUGCUGACCUACAUCUUCUUCGUGCUGGUUGCUGGGCCUCGCUUCAUGGCCAACCGCAAGCCCUUCCAACUCAAGGAGGCCAUGAUCACUUACAACUUCUCCAUGGUGGCAUUGAACGCCUUUAUUGUCUAUGAGUUCAUGAUGUCAGGCUGGGCCACGACAUACACAUGGAGAUGUGACGCCGUUGAUUACUCGGACAGCCCCCAAGGCCUUAGAAUGGUUCGAGUGGCCUGGUUAUUCUUGUUCUCUAAAUUCAUUGAGCUCUUGGACACGGUGUUUUUCGUUCUGAGGAAGAAACAUGGCCAGAUCACCUUCCUGCACGUCUUCCACCACUCUUUCAUGCCCUGGACCUGGUGGUGGGGUGUCAGUUUAGCUCCCGGGGGAAUAGGCUCUUUCCAUGCCAUGGUGAAUUGCAUCGUCCACGUCAUCAUGUACUCUUACUACGGCCUGUCUGCGGCUGGACCACGCUUCCAAAAGUUCCUCUGGUGGAAGAAGUACAUGACCGCCAUCCAACUGGUUCAGUUUGUGAUGGUGUCCCUCCACGUAACCCAGUAUUACUUCAUGGACAGCUGUGACUACCAGGUCCCCCUGUUCAUCCACCUCAUCUGGAUGUAUGGUACCUUCUUCUUCGUGCUCUUCUCCAACUUCUGGUACCAGGCAUAUGUGAAGGGAAAGCGGUUGCCUAAGCAGGACUCCAAGCCUGGCCUCAACGGCAAGGCCAACGGGACCACCAUGGUCGCCAAUGGCAAGCACCACAAGAAAGGUAACAGUAAUGGCACAAGCAACGGUUCCAGUCACCAUGAAAAUGGCAGUGCCCAUGCGGGCAAGAUGAAGAAGUCCUAGGGUCUUCAGAAAAGAACAUCCGAGACGCGUGAAUACGAGAUCCCGCACAAACUACUGUGGAUUCCAAAGAAUGUUUUGGUUAUGUUUAUUUUCUGAUCGUUUUUAGUUUUAUUCAGCACAAAAAGCUGGGGAAAUGACGAGGUCAAUGACUUCUGCGGUUGGGGUCCCACAUUUCGUUUAUUUUUUAUUUUUUAAACUGAACUUACUAUGGAACACAAUUUAUGAAGAGACAUGCUAUGACCUGAUGUUAUCUCUUUACUGAUGUUGCCACCUAUGAUAAAGAUGAGCAAUAAUGACUAUAUAAAAUAAAUAAUAAAAAUACUGAGCUA